ACUCCGUGUGCUCACGUACACUGUUUUAUAAUACAGUAUAGUACGGAAUUAUCAAUAAAGCUGUUCUCAUUUACAUGUAUUUCUGUUUCUAUUGUCAGCUAAGAAUUAUCCAAAAAGCCGCAAAAUUUGUGUUUAUUAUUAGCUUUUUUGACGCAGCACUGGCAGUGACCUACAGUGACAUGUACAGGAGCAGCUCCAGAAACUCGUUUUCCCACAAUCCCCCGCAGCGGUUUCAGUCAUAAGCAAAGGGCGAUUUGCAAUGGCAGGACGCGAUCGUGUGGUCAAUUUGCUUAGGCAACUCGAGAGAGCUGCGUGUAGAUGUCCUGCUCAUUCACAGACAUACCAUCAAGUUUCAGCUCAUGGGUCGGGAAGCCGAACCACCGAUUAUGCUUUUGAGAUGGCGAGCUCAAACAUUAGAUAUGGAGAAGGCGUUACUACAGAAAUUGGCAUGGACUUACGGAAUCUGGGAGCGCGGAAUGUGUGUCUGAUGACGGACAGGACAGUGUCCCGCCUCCCGCCUCUCACAGCGGUGCUGGACUCACUGGCCAAACAUGACGUCACUUUCAGGUGCUAUGACCGAGUGCGGGUGGAGCCCACGAAUUCCAGCUUCAGGGACGCCAUCGACUUCGCAAAGCGUGGAGACUUCGAUGCGUAUGUGGCGGUGGGCGGAGGCUCUGUGAUUGACACCUGCAAGGCAGCCAAUCUGUAUGCCUGUCACCCAGAGGCAGACUUCCUGGACUUUGUGAAUGCUCCAAUCGGCAAGGGGCAGCCGGUAACACAGACCCUUAAGCCCCUAAUAGCAGUACCUACGACUGCCGGAACAGGAAGUGAGACCACCGGUGUGGCUAUUUUUGACUAUGAGCCUUUAAAAGCUAAAACAGGCAUAGCUAGCCGAGCCCUGAGGCCAACGUUAGGGAUGGUAGAUCCCCUCCACACGCUGCACAUGCCUGAGCGAGUGGCCGCCAACAGUGGGUUUGACGUGCUGUGCCAUGCCCUGGAGUCCUACACCGCGCUUCCCUACAGCCAGCGUCAGCCCUGUCCUACCAACCCCAUCAACCGGCCCGCCUACCAGGGCAGCAACCCAAUCAGUGAUGUGUGGUCCCGUCACGCCCUGCACGUAGUAGCUAAGUACAUGAAGCGAGCCGUGAGAGACCCUGGGGACGUGGAGGCGAGGUCCAGCAUGCACCUCGCCAGUGUGUUUGCCGGGAUUGGAUUUGGAAACGCCGGCGUUCAUUUGUGCCAUGGAAUGUCCUACCCCAUCGCAGGCAAUGUGAAAAUCUUCAGAGCAAAGGAUUAUGAUGUCGAUCACCCUAUAGUGCCCCACGGCCUUUCGGUUGUGUUGACUUCCCCUGCGGUCUUUGCCUUCACUGGACCCAUGUGUCCAGAGCGCCACCUUGAGGCGGCACAGAUAUUAGGGGCUGACGUGCGGCGUGUCAAGCGGAAGGAUGCGGGAUCGGUGCUGGCAGAUACCCUGAGGGACAUCCUGCAGGACCUGCAGGUGGAGGACGGCCUGGGGGCCAUUGGCUACACCCAAGCUGAUAUCCCUGCGCUUGUGAAGGGCACCAUACCACAGGAGAGGGUCACCAAACUUGCUCCCCGGACUCACACAGAAGACGACCUGGCCCAGCUGUUCGAGGCCUCACUGAAGCUCUACUGAGAACAAGCCGUCUUCUCCCUCGCCGUCUUCUCCCUCGCCGUCUUCUCCCUCGCCGUCUUCUCCCUCGCCGUCUUCUCCCUCGCCGUCUUCUUUACUGUGGUGUUCUCACCAAGACCGUAACUUGUUGUGCUCUCGCUGUUGCUCAUCACCUUAAGUACAUCGUAUUCCGAUCACAAGUCCGUAACAUGAGCGGCGAUGCUGGUAGUGCACGUUGUGUUUACGUUGCUAUGGGGAUUUGGCUGAGGACGUGUGACGUGUUUAUUUUUGAACAUCGCCCUUGUCUCAGAUGUUUUGCCAGUUCUCGUUAUUAAAAACUUCUUUCCCGCUG